AUGAGCAUGCACAGACAGGGCACUACCGCUUCGUCCACCAGCGUGCCACGCCGUUCUACCUCUGGCCGCUCGACGGCCACGAACAGCCCCACGUCCUACGUGGCACUGAUGCGAAAACAGAAGGCAACGGUCUGGUGUGACCGCUCGCAAAACAUUGACCCAAGACUGGCCGCCGCCCAAAAAGCAGCAAAACACCGCGCCACCCUAGAAGUUCAAGGAGUCGUCCAUGGUGGACGGACAAGCACCAUCUCCUCAGGGGGGGUGGUUGGCAAGAUCCGACACGGCGGUGUCCCAAAAGCACCCGGUUACGUUCCAGCCAACCUGACGGGCGCGUCUGUGCCCGUACGAUUAAGCGCCAAUGAAGCCUUAGGCGACGAAGAGGAGGAGGCCAGGAGCUUGACCGGUGACAAUAGCAUGAUACAUGCUCGGACCGGCAGCGGGAGAAGCAGUACCAAUAGCGCCAAAUACCGAAGCGGCUACCCGCGUCCGGAUCAAGGACGAUUUAGCAGUACGAGCACGCCACCCAGCGAAGGGUCUCCAGGGCAAGGCAUACCGGAAGAUGCGGAGACUGCCGAGGACCCGAAGCAUGACUACUCCAUCCACAGCGACAAAUCUACACCCGCUGGCAGAGAGAGUGAAGAUUCAUUCGGCGAGUUGAGGGAGCUUUCUGCACCCAGUGCUGUGCACCGGGCGCUGGAGCAAGCGAAGAAAAACGAGGAUCUACGAAGAAGAGGCAGCGUGGAUGAGCGGACGAUGAGCAUGGGCCAACCUGGGGUGCGGCUUUUUGUGGCGAAUCCAGAUCUCGACGAUUAA